AAAAUAGGAUAUUCUUUCUACAAAAAGUAGCGGCCCUUUUAUUUAGUUCACCUUUCCCCUCCCGUUCCGCACGCAGCUGUGAAACGCUCCACAAAUUCUCCCAUAGCGCGACUCACCUCAGUUCACCACUUCACCCCGUUAAUCCCCAGCGAAGAAGUAUCUCGCACACCUGCAAUGGCAGCUUAUCAAACUGACCUUGUAUCUGAGCCACCAAUUCUCAACACUGAGAUUGUCACUCAGAAAGCCACCAAGUAUGUUGCUGAGACUGACAUCAAAGACAAAUCCAUAGGUUACUUGGAUGUUUUUGUACACCAGGCACGAGAUAUCCACAACGUUUGCAUCUACCACAAGCAGGAUGUGUAUGCAAAGCUGUGCCUCACAAGUGACCUGGAUGUUUCAUGCUCAACCAAGGUGAUUAACGGUGGUGGGCGCAACCCAGUGUUUGACGAGAGCUUACGGCUCAAUGUGCGGACUGUGGAUACUUCACUCAAGUGCGAGAUAUGGAUGUUGAGCAGGGUGAGGAACUACCUGGAGGAUCAGCUCCUUGGCUUUGCCCAUGUUCCUCUGGCAGAUAUUGUAAUGGGUGAUGGAAAGCACGUCCAGGAGUUCUCCUUGUCAUCCACUGACCUAUUCCACACACCAGCUGGAUUUGUGCAGCUGUCCUUGUCAUAUAUUGGUUGUUCCCCAGAUGUAAUCCUCAUCUCAUCACCCAAUAAGUCGGUGUCAAGAGUGGACGAGUCUGGAGAUGACAGUGUCGUUCCUUCUGAGCUUGAAAAGAUUGAGUUCCCAGACUUAAAUGUCGUUAAUGAGAAUCAAAUUAUGGUCUCAAAAUAUCUUGAUAUGGGGUGUUUGGACUCUGAGAAUCCUAUAAAAGCUGAGAAUGGCAAGUUGUCCGGUGCAGCUGUGCCUGGUACUGGAACAGAUAAACCGGAGGAAUACCGGGAUGAAAGCCCUCUAAGUUGUGUCUCAACUACAGGCUCCUCCAUGGCACUUUCUUCUACACAACACUCAGUUUCUGAGCCGACUUCUGAUCCAUCGGAGACCACUGUUGAGGCAUCUCCCACACAAAGCCAAAAAGAGAAAAACCAAGAUGCUACAGAUAGUGAGGUUGAUUCUUCUGAGGCACCACUGAAGGAUGAAGUUGUAAAGCCUGCCAUCAGUAUUAACCUUCAGCCGGAGCAGUCAGUUGUCCAGCAGGACAUAGUUGACAUGUACAUGAAGAGCAUGCAGCAGUUCACAGAAUCUCUUGCAAAAAUGAAGCUUCCAUUGGACGUUGAGAAUAGUAGUCCCUCAAAUGAUGACACCGACUCCAUUACGACUGAGAAGCCAUCCCCAUCCCCAUCCCCAUCAAAGAAUUCUAGGGUCUUCUAUGGAAGCAGGGCCUUCUUCUAAGUUGCUGAUGCCAGGCAGUGCAGUAGCUCAUAUAUAUACUGUUCAGGUUUGUCGGACAGUGCCUGGCAUAUAUUGACAUAAUUUCUGUCGCAACAAUAUGCUGCUAGGACUCACUCCUGGUAUUGCUAAUAGUGUCAUGCUUAGUUAAAAGAUAGGAAUUUCCGAAUAAUUUCAUCUCAGAGUUGUAGAUUCACCCUGUGUACCAGUACUUAACUACUUAUGAAUGAAUAAUGUCAUGAAACUGAUUCUGAA